AUGUUUUUUGAUAUUCCAUCGCUUUGGGAAUAUCUCCUUCCACAUGAUGCAAAUAUCAAAGUAAAAGAUAUAAAUGGAAGAACCGCUCUUCAUUAUGUAGCACUAAAUAAUAGUAAAGAAGCAGCAGAAUUUCUUAUUUCACAUGGUGCAAAUGUCAAUGAAAAAGACAAUAUUGAGCAAACGGCUCUUCAUAUUGCAGCUUCUCAUAAUAGCAAAGAAACGGCCGAAUUUCUUAUUUCACAUGGUGCAAAUGUCAAUGAAAAAGACAAUAAUGGACAAACAGCUCUUCAUAUUGCAGCUUCUCAUAAUAGCAAAGAAACGGCCGAAUUUCUUAUUUCACAUGGUGCAAAUGUCAAUGAAAAAGACAAUAAUGGACAAACAGCUCUUCAUAUUGCAGCUUCUCAUAAUAGCAAAGAAACGGCCGAAUUUCUUAUUUCACAUGGUGCAAAUGUCAAUGAAAAAGACAAUAAUGGACAAACAGCUCUUCAUAUUGCAGCUUCUCAUAAUAGCAAAGAAACGGCCGAAUUUCUUAUUUCACAUGGUGCAAAUGUCAAUGAAAAAGACAAUAUUGAGCAAACGGCUCUUCAUAUUGCAGCUUCUCAUAAUAGCAAAGAAACGGCCGAAUUUCUUAUUUCACAUGGUGCAAAUGUCAAUGAAAAAGACAAUAUUGAGCAAACGGCUCUUCAUAUUGCAGCUUCUCAUAAUAGCAAAGAAACGGCCGAAUUUCUUAUUUCACAUGGUGCAAAUGUCAAUGAAAAAGACAAUAAUGGACAAACAGCUCUUCAUAUUGCAGCUUCUCAUAAUAGCAAAGAAACGGCCGAAUUUCUUAUUUCACAUGGUGCAAAUGUCAAUGAAAAAGACAAUAAUGGACAAACAGCUCUUCAUAUUGCAGCUUCUCAUAAUAGCAAAGAAACGGCCGAAUUUCUUAUUUCACAUGGUGCAAAUGUCAAUGAAAAAGACAAUAAUGGACAAACAGCUCUUCAUAUUGCAGCUUCUCAUAAUAGCAAAGAAACGGCCGAAUUUCUUAUUUCACAUGGUGCAAAUGUCAAUGAAAAAGAUGAAGGAAAAACUGCUCUUUAG